AGAUCCUGUGGCCCUGGCUCCCACUAACGCGAGCGCAGAGUGCUCCGUGCUGUUUUUCCACGACUGUCUGUCGCUGCGUGGCUGCCUGCGUGGCUGCGAGUCCGUGGGAGCCCCACGGUCCCGGUGGUUUCACAGCGGCUGCUGCCAGUGUAUCGGACCAGACUGCCUGGCAUACGGAGUGCCCCAUCCAGCCUGCAAGAGCUGCCAGGACUGAACUGACGGGGAUGGGAAUCAGACUCCCGUUCCACAGCAGUGUGAUCCGUUCCUGGUUUCACUAGGAGUUUAAUAAUCAGACACACCUGAGCUUGUUAGCUAGACACACUAAACUAGUUAGGAAUGAUGUGUCUGUGUUUAAAACGUGACUGCGAAACUUUGACGGAAUAGAUAUUUUUUUAUGAUGUAUUAUUCACAAUUUUGAUUUUGCUCCUUUUGGUACACAGCAGUUUUACAUUUUCAAGUUAUGUGUGAUUAUAUAUAUAAUUUAAUCACAUGCUAUCCCUAUGGUACUUUUAAAAAAAAUUCAAUAAAAAUCUGCUAAAAUGUGUGUUUGUUUUUACAUCUGUAUCUGUACUUAUUAUUGUCCUGUUUUAUAUUAAAGUUACUUUCAGUGUU